AUGCUCUCAAACACCGUUCUCAGCCUCGCGGCUCUGACCGCCCUGGCCUCUGCAGCUCCGGCAGCCAUGGAGCCCGUCAACGUCGUCUACGAAGCGCCCUCCUUCGGCGACGCCUUCGGUAUCGGAGCCAGCGGCGGCGCCGUCAGCGCCCUCCACAACCAAGUCUCCGCCAGCCAAGGCCGGGUCUACAUCGGCGGCAAACAAGACCAACCCACGAACUGCUCCAGCGCCCAGACAGUGCACGACUUCGCAACCUUCGCUUGGUACUCCGACAAGCAGCUCUACCUCUACACCAACAGCAACCCAGUGCAGCAAGUCUGGUCCGAUGCUGGAUAUGAUGGACUCGUAGGUUACAGCACGGACAAGGAGUCCAAGCCACCGGGAGAGUCGUUGGCGAAGUUUGAGAUUGAUGCGACGAGCAGGCUUGUGACGUUCAACGGAGUGGGUCCGAAGGCUUGCCCGGGGGGAGAGACGGCGGAUCAGUAUGGGAUUUGGUUCAGUGACUCGGACCGUCCAGGGAACCUUGAUGGGUGCUUCGCUGUGGAGUUGAAGGCGUACAAGACUCCGGCUAGGGACUCUUGCACUUACUCUCACUUGCCGUCUUGCGAAGAGGCGCUAGAGGGCUGUGGCAGUAUGAAGGAUCCCAUUGGCAUGUAA